UUUUUUUCCUCACAGGGACACCGCUCUUACCAUCCAGAUUGAGAAAACCCUCAGCGAUUCAGAGUGAUGACAGCGCCAAGUAUAUGGGGGAUGGCGCAAGCUCACCUCAGCCCCUUUUGUUGCUUAGAUUUCUCAGCAAAGAAACCCACCAAUUUCAGCUUUGUUUUUGGUUGGGGCUACACUUCUCUUCACGACUACCGCAGCAACAAGAACAAGAUGCCUUCUUCCUUUCUUAGUAAGAACCGCAAGAACUCUCUUUUCCACCGUUGCCGUUGUAGUAACAGUGACAAUUAUGACGGUAACAUUAGUGGUGCUGCUAGUUCUUCCUUGGCCUGGGAUUGGAAUAGAUGGAGUCGCCAUUUUUCUGAGGUGGAACAAGCUGAAAGUUUUGCCUCGGUCCUCAAGUUCCAACUUGAAGAUGCAAUUGAGAAGGAAGACUUCAAAGAAGCUGCAAAAUUGAAAAUGGCCAUUGCAGAAGCUACUUCAAAGGAUAGUGUUGCUGAAAUAAUGACGGAGUUGCAGAAUGCAAUAGAUGAGGAACGGUAUCAUGAUGCUUCAAGAUUGUGUAAAUAUACUGGCAGUGGAUUGGUAGGUUGGUGGGUGGGCUACUCGACAGAUUCUGAUGAUCCCUUUGGUAGACUGGUACAGAUAACACCUGGAGUGGGCAGAUUUGUUGGCAGGAGUUACAGUCCAAGGCAGUUGGUCACUGCAUCUCCUGGAACUCCAUUGUUCGAAAUUUUUGUAGUCAAAGAUGCAGAUGAAAGAUAUGUUAUGCAGGUUGUACGUCUGCAGCGUGCUAAAGGAGCUUCAACAAACUCCACAAGUUCACAUUCUAAAUCUGGUACAAGCCCAUCCACUUCCGAAGUUGAGAAGGCUUCUGCGGUAGAUGUAAAGCAAAAUGAAAUCAAGCCAGAGGAAAGUGAGGAGCAGGGGAUAAAUAUUGAGGGAGCAACUGAGGAAGGGAUAAAAAGUGUGAUAAACUUUCUUAAAGAUAAGAUUCCAGGGUUGAAAGUAAAAGUGAUGAACAUCAAUGCUGCUGAGGAAGUGAUAGAGGAUAAUGAUUCUGUGAAGCAGCUGAUGCAAGAAGAUGAAGAGCAGGCAACUAGUAGUGAAAAUUCUGAGGAUGAAAUUGAUAAGUUGGAAGAGAUUCAGCCAGAUGGAGUUUCCCUGGAAGGUGAUAGUGAUCCCUCAGAAGAUGCAAAAGAUUUAGAUAUGAAGCUUUUUAUCGGUGGAGUUGUUCACAGUGAUGAGGACACUCCUAAUAAGGAUGACUAUGUACGUUUACCUGCUGAAAUUAAUGACAUGGAGAAAGAUUCUUUUGUACUACAUAUUCCUGAGAGAAGUCUAGACUAUGACAGUAGACAAAGUAAAGCUUCUAGGAUAAAAGUGGCAGCUAUAGCAGCUAAAGGUGUUUCUGAGUUGAUGCCUCCAGAUGUUGCUAAGGCAUUUUGGGGUGCUGAUAAAGUUUCUUCAAAGGUUUCAAGAGAUGUGCGCGAAAUUGUCAAACUUGCUGUUAGUCAAGCUCAGAAGCAAAAUCGUUUAUGCAAAUACACAAAUUUCAGUAGAAUUACCACUUCCAAUAACAAUUUUGAUCCAUUUGAUUGCCUAUAUGUUGGUGCUUUUGGCCCCUAUGGAACGGAGAUAGUACAAUUGAGGCGUAAAUUUGGUCACUGGAAUGGUGUGGAUGAAAAGUCCUCAGAUGUAGAAUUCUUUGAGUAUGUUGAGGCAGUGAAACUAACUGGAGACCUUAAUGUUCCUGCUGGCCAGGUAACAUUUCGUGCCAAAAUUGGGAAAGGGAGUCGCAAUUCUAACCGUGGAAUGUAUCCAGAUGAAUUAGGAGUGGUUGCAAGUUACAAAGGUCAAGGAAGGAUAGCAGAAUUUGGCUUCCGAAAUCCACAAUGGGUUGAUGGUGAACUUCUCCAACUCAAUGGGAAGGGUAUUGGACCUUAUGUCAAAGGCGCAGAUCUUGGCUUUCUUUACGUUGUUCCUGAGCAAAGUUUCCUUGUGUUGUUUAAUCGGUUGAAACUACCAGACUAAGCCACAUUUUUGUCUCCAUUCUGAUACGGUGAGAAUUGAAGCAUCUGAUAGUGAGGAGAGUACUUGUGUAUAUAGUUUGUUGAGAAAUGCAGGCGGUUUUAUCCCACUUCGUAAGCGCUUAUACCUUAUCAUAUUUUAUUUUUGUGAGGGGCAUUUUUCCUUGUAUGCCUUCCAUAUAUAAAUUCUUUCCUCAUGUAAAUCUUCUUUGUUUGUUAACUAACCGAACUAAUAAUCAUGUAGUGCAUUUGAAGGAUCA